GCCACGGCGACGACGUGGUGAGCUGAGGCAUCAGCUUUCGGCCUUUUCCGUACGAAAGGUCCUGAUGACGACGGGGAGGGCUGUGUCUGGGUGUAAUUUGAGCUGUAUAUAUACGAAGGAUAUCCGUGGGAGGUUUUGGUAUAGAGGAGACAACCAGCGGGACCGAGUGAGAGCGAUUGCUCCAAGUUGUUCAUCAUAAACCUCUACGAAUCAGUAGAAAAAAUGUCGACAUUGUCGCUCCCGAGAUCUUCCAUCACAGCCACCAGCCUCGACACAACAUGCCAUCUCAUCACUAGCCUAUGUGCCGUCUUCGAUUCUUCCCCUGACAUCAGAGGCCUUCCUACCAAACCUUGCCUCAACCAUGGCGUCCCUACGCCCCCGCCAUCUCUCAACGAGCACGCGACGUACCUUGCAGUGCCACACCCAGAAACGAAAUCCUACGCCGACCAACACAAUGACUUCGAUCGCGCAUAUCAACGAUACGGACGAGCGGCGCACAUGGGAAUCCUCGACCCUUCCUACAAGCUUUUCACUAGCCAACGGGGCUACGGGGCGCUGCUAUACAAGAUUGAAAGCCGCACCGUCAUCGUCACGGGCGAUCCUCUCUGCGCGCCAGAUACUUUCAGAGAGCUGUUGGAGGAGCUCCGCCAGUUUCGGUCGAAGCUCGGGCUGGGCAUCGCGUUCAUGGGGGUGAGCGAGACGUUUGCCGAAUAUGCCCGAGAACGCAACUGGGCCACGCUGCAUUUCGGUCGCGAACGAGUCGUCAAUCCGUUGACGAACCCGGUGCUUCUCAAAGGCGCAGGGAAGCGGAUGAUUAGCCAGACUCGACAGCUAAUGGACCAGAAGCGAGGCGGCGUUACUCUGCAUCUCUACAGCCCAAGCACCAUGCGCAGCGAUCUUUUGCUUCAGAUCGAGCUGCAGCAGCUUUAUGAUGGUUGGCGCAAGGAGCGCAACUGCAGCCACGGUGCAAACUCACAGGCUUUCGUCACUGUCUACGAUCUCUUUUCCCGCCCCGACGUAACCCUCUUUCUAUAUGCCAAGGACCGCGAUGGAUGUGUCAACGGUCUCGCAGCCCUCCGCUGUCUCGGCGCCAACAGCGGAUUCCACCUAGACCCCUGCGUCGCCUCGUCUACAGCGCAGCGCGGAAUAACAGACCUGCUCGUGAUUACCGCCAUGAAACUUCUUGCCAGAGCUGGCAUCGACUACCUCAGUCUCGGCUACGAGCCGUUCGGCAGCCUCCGCGACGUGUCUGGACAGACGGGCCUGCAAGCAUGGAUGACGCAGAGUGGCUACCGGCGUGCAAUGCAGUCUGUGUCUGUCAACGGCAAAGCAGCGUAUUACAACAAGUUUCGACCAGAUGAUGAGCAAUGCUCUAAUUUGUACAUCGUCAUCCCUCCUGGAGGGUUACACAUUUACCAGUCGAUUGCGUUGAUGCAUAUCGCAAAUCUCAGCAUGCGGUCUUUUUUUCAUAGUUCGGAGUCACCAGCGUCUGUUACUGCAUCAGCAAAGACCGAGAAGGAGUAAGGGAAUAAUUCAGGGCUAUAUAAUAUAGUGGUGUCUAAUGUAGUAAUAUGUAGAGUACACGUCUUGGCGUUUCGGCACAUAGAAAUGAAUUCAAAGUUUACUUUCCUUUGUAACACCGCGGUUAAGCAGGGGUUCAAUUAAGUCACACUAGGACAGAUUA